UUGUGUUUGUGGGUCUGGUCGGACGUGCUUUUGUUGUGCUCUUCGAUUGCGUUGCUUUUUUUGCGGUUUGCGGACUUUUGCAGAGAAGAUUAAAUAUUUUUCAGGUAAGUCUUAUUCCAUAUUGACCCUUAGACGUAAGAAUUUAUUUAAUAUCACUUAGAGAAUCGGUCCCAGAAGACAUCUCGGCACAUCGUUCGAUGGUCGACCAUUUGCACUUCGGAUUCGAAUCUUUUAGAUUUAAAAAGGCAGCUGCGAAUGAAGAUGUUUGCGUGGUUUCGCCGGAGGUUCCGACGGAAGAAUGCGGUGGCGCCGGAGGGAAGGGGUUUCUCGGACGGCUCCGACGAGACGUUCGAGGACCGUUGGCUCGACUGGUCUCUGUCGAAUCGAUUAGUUCGGUGUCGUUUGAGACCGUCGAGCGAGAAGCAGCGGGUUGUGACGACCUUCCCCCAGUGCGUGUGGCGUGGGAUUCUCCUGGAGGCGGGAGAGUUCUGAGUCCAUUCCACUUGGCCAAGGUGGUCAGAGAUCAGCCGGCCCUAGGCCUUGUUAAAGAAGGCAUAGAUAGUGACGAGUCCUCUUGGAGUUCGUCUAUUUUCGCGAGGUCUGCGUCUCCGUCCGCGCUCGCGACCACGUCUCCACAUCGUCUUUCGGAAGUCGGAACGGGGAAGAUUCGGAGGAGAGCGCCGCCGAAGUCGAGAAACCGCGGUUUUGCUGCUGUGGGAGGCUGCGGUUCCCUUGGCCUAGGCGGUGAUCCUCUUCGAUUUUCUCCAACUCGUCCUUUGCACUCGGAUGCGACAUUCUGACCGGAUUCGACACUUUUCACCCGGACACGAUACCUUUACUCGGACGUGGCCUUCUCUUACCCGGAUGUUCUCACCUCACGGACUUGUCUCCCAUACGUGACACUCGAUCGACGACAAUUGAUUUGACUUCCGAUUGUGACCACCCUGACGCGACAUUCGGCCGACCUUUCUUCCCAAACAGCUGUUAUGAAGAUUGAGCUUCCGGUUACGGUAGGUUAGGUAGGCAAGGCUAGGUCAGGUCCUUCGCUCUUCUCAUAACACUGUUCGGGAAGAAAGACUGUCUGAUAAAGGUAAUAAUGUUGACCUUAUGUAAUAAAUGAACGAACUUCACGUUUUCUCACUGUCUUUGUGUU